UUAAAUUCCCAUAAGUUGUUAAGUGGCAUUUUGUACUACUUCAUUUCUAAUCUCUCACUAACUAUUCCCGAUUUUAAGCUGUGGUUGCGAAUUUUUCCAUUUUCAAAACUAAUUUUACUGGAUAGCUUGACUCAAAAAAACGGAAGCAAUGCGUAUGAAGCUGAUGUCAACGAACACCAAUUACGAGUGCUCUUGGCUGAUCAAGUGAACAUUCCAGGAAAACGCCCUAGUCGAUGGAAAGGUUAUUUUUUUUAAAAGUGUAUUUUAAAAUUGUUUCAUUAAAAUUUGAUAAUCACCUUUGCAACUUGAAUUGCGGCCGCCAUUUCUGGCUGCAUCAGGGCGUCACAUGACAUUUGACAACGACACACGCGCAGGCGCUCGUUCAAGAGAUCAUUCAUUCAUCAAUAGUCAUCACUCAUCAGUAUUGAUAACAGUUUAUAGUUGAGUCAGCUGUCAUUCUCAAAAUACUUUUGAUGUUAACAAUAAAUCAACUUUAUAUCUCACCAAAGUAACAUUAAAAGAAAUCAAAAUAAUCAAAAAGUGAAUUUGAUUUCUCAGUAAUGCCUAAAUGAUAGACAGUCACACAACAAACAACAUGUAUUCACAAAAUGAUUAUGCUGAAUUAAUAUCAUUAGCUGAACUAGCUGGAAUAAAUUCCUCACCUGGAGUUUUUAAAGUGAUGAUUGAAUUACUGUCAUUGAAAGUGUCUCCAGAAGAUAUUUAUGUACUCUUAAGGCAAAUAUCACCUUUACCCUCGCAAAGAAAAAGGAGUUCAAGUAUUUCUAAUCUAAAACCAAAUGAUUGAUAAAAUAUGAUUUUAUUCCAAUAUAAAUACAAGUCUGUAAUAUAAUAACUUAAUCAUUUAAUUAUUCUAGUUUUAACUGUCAUAAAUUA